CAGGACUGCCAGAUGUGAAGGGGAAAUCCCCAAUAAAUUGUUGCAUGUGACUGAUGAUGUGAGCAUGUUCGUUUCAUAAUAAAAAUGUUGCCAGGUAACCAAAAAGUCGUAUGUUUUUGUGCGAAUUACGAUCAUAAUCUUUACGAUCGUACAUUAAAAAAUAGACAAAUAAUAGUAUGAGUACGAUUUAAAUCGUAUAUCUGUCAACCCUGCUAGCAAGACAGCGACAAAAUCACGUUGCAUAACAAUGUAGCCCAAGCUUAUAUCUUAUGAAAUAUACGGAAGAGAUACGGACUUAGAAAAAACAGAAAUGUUGUUCUUUGUGGAAGUCAUUGAUGAAAUUCUAUGUAUUUUAGCCCGCAAACUUUCUUCAAACAAAAACAGCGCCAUCUAGUAUCGAGUUCUGUAAUUAUCUCUUUGUUUAUGGAUUUGAAGUAAGACCGCCACGCAUGCAAUACAUUAUGACUGGGGAUUCCCCUAUUCGUCGACGCUGAAUAUGAGGCGACGACAAUCACUGUCAAACGUGUUCACUAUUACUCUGACUCUGGUAACGUGACUUCCUGGUAACGUGUUAGGUAGGAAAAGCAGUAAAAAAGUGCAUAUUAAGGGAGCAGAUUUGAAAUAAUAUUUAUACUUAACAAGAAAUAAUUAAAGGUUCAAUGGGGAGACCUAAAGAUUUACGCAUAUGGGAGCACUACCGUACUUUACCAAACAAGUCUGUUUCUUGCAAGCUUUGUAAUAAGGUCUACAAAUUCAGUAAUGCUGCCAAAAUGCUUCAACAUCUUAUCACUUGUCCAAAAUCUCCAGAAACAUUAAAAGACUCUAUGAAACUUAUAAAAGAUAGCUCGUCCAAAACCAAAAUGUCUGGACUGUCAGAGAUAGAGACAAAUGAUUCUUUUAUAAGCCCCUCGUCGUCUGCUAACACUACAAUAAAUGCUGAGUUUCAAGACACCGAUGAUCAUAUAAAAACAGAAUUAGCGAGAGCUAUAUUUGUAACAGGGACGCCAUUAUCGAUGGUGCAACAUCCUUUAUGGAUACAAUUUUUCGAAAAAUUGCAACCAAAAUUUAAAAUACCUUCACGUAAAGCUUUAGCGACAAAAUACUUAGAUAAAAUAUAUAGAGAAAUGCGUUUUGAGUUAAAUGAGGAACUAAAUGCUUGUAGUUACUUACACCUUCAGUGCGAUGGCUGGUCUAAUUUAAGAAAUGAAGGAAUAAUAAACUUUCUUAUAUCAAAACCUCAACCUGCAUACGUUAAAAGUUUGAAUACAGAAAGUAAUCCUCACACUAGUGAAUACCUUAGCCAAGAAGUUGAAAAAGUAAUGAAAGUGUAUGGAGCAAAUAAGUUUCUUGUACUUAUUGGCGAUAACGCUAGAAAUAUACAAAAGGCAUUCGAAUUAACAAAACUCAAAUAUCCACAUGUUGUUCCUCUCGGUUGCUGUGCACAUAUCCUUAACUUGUUGUGCCAAGAUAUUGUAAAGAUACAAGAAGUAACUGUGUUUAUUAUGCAAGCCAUAAAUAUAAUAAAAACUGUUAAAAGGAGUCAACGAUUAAGUUCCUUGUUGAUAAAAUCAAGGCAGGGUGAAGAUUCUACACAAACACUAAAAUUGCCUUGUGCUACAAGAUGGGGAAGUCAUGUUACUUCGUUAAAAAGUUUGAAAGCAAAUAAGAUAGCUUUGCAAAUAUUAACAGUUAGAGAAGAUGUGGUAAUUUCAAGAGAUAUUAAAGAUUUAAUUCUAAGUGAUGAUUUCUGGACGAAGACAGGGGAAUGUAUAAGUAUUUUGGAACCAGUCACUGAAAGCAUAUUUUACUUAGAGAGCGACCAGAAUCGUUUGCAUCGCACAUACAUUACAUUUAGAGAUGUACAAGCUAAGAUACGUUUUGCAUUAAAUGAGAUUUCGACAUUGAGCGAAGAAAGCAAACAGCAGAUUCUAACAUCAGUAUCUUCAAGAUGCAAUAUGGCAAUGAGGCCAAUACAUUUUGCAGCAUAUAUUCUAGACCCCAGGACUCUAGGAGUCGAACUUACUCAAGAGGAAGAACUUAAGGGUAUGGAGUUUAUCUACAAUUUAAGCCAACACUUAAGUUUGUCAAAUGUAAUGGCAGAUUUGGCGUGUUAUAAAGCUAAAGAAAACUUUUGGGCCAGAGGAUUUGUAUGGAGCUCAUUAGAUAGCAUUGAGCCCCUAAUAUGGUGGAAAGGUAUUUGUAGUUCCACUGAGUUAAGCAAAGUAGCGAUUCGUAUUCUAUCAGCUCCCUGUACUUCGGCAGCCACUGAGCGUUCCUUUAGUAUCCAAGGCUACAUACAUAAUAACAAAAGAAAUCGACUUACAACUGAAAGAACUGAAAAAAUUUCAUUCAUUUGUUAUAACUGGAAUCUUAAACAUAAAGCUGAAUGCGAGGACAUUCAGUUUAAUGAAAAAAAUACCUUAGAAGCUUUCAUUGAGCAAGUAAAUGAACAUAACAGUUUAGACGAAAUAGAGCCUAUCGAACCUAUACAAUUCAUCGCUUGUAAUAACUCUGAAUCUGACAGUGAUUGACUGUAGUUUUACAUUUUACUUUCAUCUCUUUCUUAAUAAACUCAAAAUCAAAUUAAAAGUUUUUUAUUCUGUAGGCUGCAUAAUAAUAUUGUCUAUGUCCAGUAUAGUGGACGUCUUGCGGCUGAGAUGACGAUGAUGAAGUACAAAAUCAUAAACACCCAAAAAUUUGGGUGUUUAUGGGGUUUAAACCCAAUAAACCCAAAACACCCGGUUUUUACCCACCAGACUUUAAACCCACCCAGGUGGAUUGCCCAUCUCUAGUUAUAAAUAAU